CCUUAGACGACCCUUUGCCCAAUGGCUGCCGUAUCAUCGUGACGUAGUAGCCACUGACUUGGUUGGGGAAGCUGCUGUCAGACUUAUUGACUGUUAUCUUUCAUGAGAUCAAGACACAUGACAAGUAACACUAUGUUGCAAAAGGUUUUGUUAAUGUUAUUGCAGCUACACCAAGGCUAUGGAUAUUACUAUGUACCUCCUAACUAUAACCAGAAUGUAGAAAGCAGAUGCCUUCUAUUCUCAAACCCAGUUUGUGGCGAUGAUGGAAGAACUUAUGCCAACGAAUGCACCUUGAAGCAAAAUCGUUGUGUAAAAAAAAUAUCGGAUGGACCUUGUCUUGACAGCCAGUGUGAUGGAAUAGUUUGCAACAGAGAAUACAGACCAGUAUGUGGUUCCAAUGGCCAGACAUAUUCAAAUACUUGUUACUUCGAAGUUGCCAGGUGCAAGGACCCAUGCCUGAGCAAAGCAUAUGAUGGACCUUGUGAUGGUUCAUGCGACAGAAAUUGCCAGGGAUAUAAUCCUGUAUGUGGAAACAAUGGCUUGACUUACAGCACUCACUGUGACUUGGAGGUUGCGCUGUGUAAACUCCCUUGUCUGGCCAAGCAACAUGAUGGUUCUUGUAAUAUUCCGUGUUAUAAGGAAACGGAAAUGAAUUACUAUCCUGUCUGUGGGUGUGACAGAGUAACUUAUCCUAACAUUUGUGCCUUGAGGGUGGCUGCUUGUAAAAACCCUUGCAUAACAAAGGUUUCGGAUGGAGUUUGUGAUAGAAAUUGCAACUACAAGUGCCCCAGCACCCACGAUCCAGUUUGUGGUAGUGAUGGCAAAACUUACAUCAAUCUUUGUAUCUUCAAUCGUGCAAAGUGUCAGAACCCCUGCUUGGAAAUGGUUACUGGUGGGAGCUGUAAUGUUUCGGAGUGCUCAAGGUUAAAUUGUGGUCGCAAUGCUGCUUGUGUUCUUCAAGGUGGAAGCUACCGUUGCAUUUGUUCACUAGGUUACAGUGGCAAUGGAACUUAUUGCCAAGAUAUAAAUGAGUGUAAGGAAUAUCCUGGUGCUUGUGGUUUGAAUGCAUUUUGUACCAACACUUUAGGGAGCUAUACAUGUUCUUGUAAACGUGGCUAUGUUGGAGAUGGCAGAAGUUGCAAAGAUAUUGACGAGUGUACUAAUCAGUCCCCAUGUGGGCCGAAUGGUGUGUGCACAAAUACUUUGGGAAGUUUCAGAUGCACUUGUAAGGAAGGCUACACUGAGGAUGGGUCAGUUUGUAAAGAUAUAAAUGAAUGUGAGGUAGUGGAUUGUGGACCUUUUACAUAUUGCCAGAACACACUUGGAAGCUUCUUAUGCUUGUGUCAGACUGGGUAUACUAAGAAGGGAGAAACAUGUACAGACAUAGAUGAAUGCUUGACACUCCUAAAUAAUUGUCAUAGGUAUGCUGAGUGCAUAAAUUCUCCUGGAAGUUACAGUUGCAGAUGUAAGGAAGGGUACACUGGUGAUGGAAUUAAUAGCUGCACAGAUCGUAACGAGUGCAUUGACCAGUGUGACAUCAACGCUGAUUGUCGAAACACGGAUGGAAGCUACAGGUGCACAUGUCUUGCAGGUUUCUUUGGGAGUGGAAAAAUUUGUUAUGAUAUCAAUGAGUGUGACAUAUUCUCGCAUGUGUGUGAUGUUAAUGCCCAGUGUGUCAACACACAUGGUAGUUUCACUUGUACCUGCAAGCCGGGAUUCACAGGAAAUGGCCGAAAAUGUUAUGAUAUGAACGAGUGUUUAUUGGGAUCCCAUGCCUGUGAUGUCAAUGCAUUAUGCACCAACACCAUAGGAAGUUACCUUUGUACCUGUAGAACAGGAUAUUUUGGAAAUGGACGAACUUGCAAAGAUAUUGAUGACUGUUUAUUUUCAAAUGUGUUGUGUGGUCCCAAUUCUCAUUGUGUUAAUGUUAUUGGAACUCACAUUUGCCAGUGUAAUAGUGGUUAUACAGGAGAUGGAAGAAACUGCUAUGACUUGAAUGAAUGCCUUCAAAUUGCGGAUGUUUGUCAGCCUGCAGCACUUUGUGUCAACACUGAAGGAAGUUACAAGUGCAUUUGCAGGGAGGGAUUCUCGGGAAGUGAAAGAACUUGCUUUGAUAUCAAUGAAUGUUCAACAGACCUCCACAAUUGUGAUGCAAAUGCAUUUUGCAUCAACACAAUCGGAAGUUUCAUAUGUGCUUGUAAACCCGGGUUUCAGGGUUAUGGCAUAUCAUGUUUUGAUAUCGACGAGUGUGCUGAAAGAACGUCUCACUGCCACACGAAUGCUUUUUGCACGAACACUCAGGGAAGUUAUUCAUGCACAUGUAAACCAGGCUAUACUGGAGAUGGAAGAUCUUGUUAUGAUAUUUUUGAGUGUUCCGACCCCACUAGUGUUUGUGAUGAGCAUGCAUUCUGUUAUAAUACAGAAGGAAGCUACAUUUGUAUGUGUAAACCAGGCUACAGUGGUGAUGGACGGGUUUGCUAUGAUAUAAAUGAGUGCUCAGGGACACCGGGUUACUGUGAUGUUAAUGCUAAUUGUAUCAACAAUGUGGGUAGUGCAAAUUGUUAUUGUAGACAAGGCUUCAGAGGAAGUGGAAAAGUUUGCAGUGAUAUUAAUGAAUGCUUGUACAAGAUUGAUGACUGUCAUGCAAAAGCCCUUUGUAUUAACACAGAGGGAAGCUACAAUUGUACCUGCAAGAGUGGAUAUUCAGGGAAUGGACGGGCUUGCGUUGACAAAAAUGAGUGCCUUGAUGGAACAUCUAACUGCCAUAUAAAUGCUGUGUGCAUCAACACAGAUGGUAGCUAUGUCUGCUCAUGUGAGCCGGGUUUUACUGGUAAUGGACAAAAUUGCUUUGAACUUAAAAAUUGCCUUGAGCCAUGCAACUCUCAAGCUACAUGUGUCAAAACUGGAGGAAUAUACAGGUGCUUAUGUAAUGCAGGCUAUUCCGGGAAUGGUAAAAGUUGCACUGAUAUAAAUGAGUGUGCUUUAGGCAGUGAUCCUUGUAGCUCUGUGAGCACUUGCAUCAACACAGAAGGAAGUUUCCUUUGUCGGUGUAAGCCAGGCUAUGAAGGAGAUGGAAAAAUAUGUAGAGAUGUAAAUGAAUGUCUCGCAAGAACUCAUAGAUGCCAUGUUAAUGCUGACUGCAUCAACACUGAUGGUAGCUACAUAUGCUCUUGUAAACUGGGUUUCACAGGAGAUGGUUUCAAAUGUGAUGGUUAGUCCAUUUCUGAUCAU